GAGGUUGAAAUAAAGAAUAAACAAAGCCAAAGUUCAGUUGCUCUGAUCAGACUUUUCACUCUGUCCAACCUGUGUUUUGCUGUUGGUGCUUCCACCAGGAGGAGUUCACAAUGAUGCGUGCAGCCGUCGGUAUCUGGAUCUUAUCAGCAGUGAUCUGCGUGGGGAGAGCCCAUCACUCUGAUCAUGGUGACCAUGGUCGAGCAGAUCAAGACACUGCACCAGACGGCCGUGCCAACAGCUUCCUUCAGGUGACUUCAGCAAACAAAGAGUUUGCCUACCGUCUGUACAGGAAAUUGGCAGCUCAUGCCGACUCUGAAGGCAAGAAUAUCUUCUUCUCCCCGAGUAGUGUCUCCGUCGCCUUGGCUGCCUUGUCCGUAGGAGCACGGGGGGACACCCACCAUCAGAUUUUUAGGGGUCUGGGUUUCAACAACUCCUUACUGACGCAGACAGAUGUCGAUCAGUCCUUCCAGAAGCUCCUUAAAAAGACCAACGACACAUCUCAGGACAUCAGUGAAGGGACCGCUGUAUUUGUGGACAACAAGUUCAAGGCGAAGCCCGACUUCCUGGAGACGUUGAUGCAGUCCUACCUUGCAGAUGGGUUCACCGUUGACUUCACCCAGACCACAGAUAGUGCCAAUACCAUCAAUAAGUACGUGGAGGAUAAGACCAAUGGGAAGAUAGACAAGCUGGUUGAGGAUCUGGAUCCAAGCACAGUCAUGUAUCUCAUCAGCUACAUCUACUACAAAGGAAAGUGGGCGACUCCAUUCGAUCCCAAACGCACCAAGGAAGACGUGUUCAUGUUGGAUGAGAACACCAAGGUUCCAGUUCAGAUGAUGAAUGAGGAGACGCUGUUUGAUACCUAUAACGACAGGGCAAUUAACACAUCAGUCCUCCACCUGCCCUUCAACAGCUCUUACUCCAUGCUGCUGUUGUUACCUGAUGACAUGUCAACUCUGGAGAAUGCCAUUAGCCCGGCACACGUCACCAAAUGGUUCAAGUGGAUGACGUCCAGCAAACAUAAUGUAUAUAUUCCAAAGUUCUCCAUCAAGACUUCCUACAAACUGAAUGAUGUGUUGAUGGAAAUGGGAAUGACGGACAUGUUUGGCGAUCUUUCGAAUUUGAGUGGCAUUUCAGAUGGGGAUAAACUCUGCAUCAGCGAAGUUGUUCACCAAGCUACCCUGGAUGUCGAUGAGGCCGGAGCCACCGCUGCAGCCGCCACAGGCGUUGGCAUCGUACCAAAGUCCGUUGAACGAAUCCCUGUCUUGAAGUUCAAUCGUCCAUUUAUGGUUAUCAUCGCUCAACGCAACACAAAACAAAUGCUUUUCCUCGGCAAGAUUGUUAACCCAAACAUCUGAUAGAGCAGGCAUACCGCGUUUGCUUAAGCGUAGAGUCUGUUGAGUCAGAAAUAAAAUACUGAGAAAAUGCUC